GGGAUGAAGCUUCUCAGCAGGGGGGUCCCUCUCAGAGCAGAGACCCAGACACCAUGGCUCAGACUCGGGUAGACAUCAGGAAGCUGCAGCAGUUCCUCAUGGGUCAGCAGGUCAACCCCAGCAAGGCCAUGUGCAAUAUCGUGCACGAGCGGGUGGUGCACCUCAUCCUGCUGCACGAGGACGUGUCGCUGCAGUAUUUCAUCCCCGCUGUGGCGUAG